UUUGGGGAACCUGAGAAUAACCUGAAAGUGUUGCAUGAGGAGCAACUGAGGAGGAGGAAGCGGAAGAGAAGGCGGGGAGGGGGAGUGAAGGGCUUGGAAAGGAGGCAGAGCUUGCAGGAGGCUGCAGAAGCCGACUGGGCCUAAUAACGAGCAGGACUUUCCUGAGUUUUCAGGGGCCUCCUUGAGUCUGCAGCAGGGUGCAAGAGGACGGCGCUGCCUGAAGGAUUGAACGUGUUCUUACACACACACACACACACAUACCGUGCCAGCCUGAAGGACUCUGGGCUGCUGCAUGCUUUGGAUAAAGAGCAAGGUAAAUGUUGGGAGAGGAAGAAUGAUAGAAACCCAAUGGAUGGAGCUGCUAGAUGGGGGAAAAGGAAACAAGAGAGACUAAAAACUGGAGGAAACUGGGAGAACAGGAAUCAAUCCAAUGCUUUUCAGAAUGUAAUCCAGCAAAUAAUACAGCAAGCAGGAGAAAGAAGCCUGUGUCCUCCGUGUAGGAAAAGCUCCUCUACUGAACCCAGUUUCAAUCUUAGAAGGAAAUGAACACAAGUAAGAAACCACAUAAAUGCCUGGAAUGUGGAAAGAGCUUCAGAACGAGUGGAGAACUUACUAUACACCACAGAACCCACACUGGGGAAAAACCACAUAAAUGCUUGGAGUGUGGAAAGAGAUUCAGCCAGAGAGCUCAUCUUAUUGUACACCAUAGAACCCACACUGGGGAGAAGCCACAUAAAUGCCUAGAGUGUGGAAAGAGCUUCAGCACAAGUGGACAUCUUAUUAUACACCAUAGAACCCACACUGGGGAGAAACCACAUAAAUGCCUGGAGUGUGGAAAGAGCUUCAGCCAGAGAGCACAUCUUAUUGUACACCAUAGGACCCACACUGGGGAGAAGCCACAUAAAUGCCUGGAAUGUGGAAAGUGCUUCAUCACAAGUAAAAAACUUACUAUACACCACAGAACCCACACUGGGGAAAAACCGCAUAAAUGCUUUGAGUGUGGAAAGAGCUUCAGCCAGAGAGUACAACUUAUUGUACACCAUAGAACCCACACUGGGGAGAAGCCACAUAAAUGCCCGGAGUGUGGAAAGUGCUUCAGAACGAACGGAGAACUUACUGUACACCACAGAACCCACACUGGGGAGAAAACACAUAAAUGCCUGGAAUGUGGAAAGAGCUUCAGCACAAGUAGAAUACUUACUAUACACCACAGAACCCACACUGGGGAAAAACCACAUAAAUGCUUUGAGUGUGGAAAGAGCUUCAGCAAGAGAGCACAUCUUAUUGUACACAAUAGAACCCACACUGGGGAGAAGCCACAUAAAUGCCUGGAGUGUGGAAAGGGCUUCCAUACAAGUGCACAUCUUAUUAUACACCAUAGAAGCCACACUGGAGAGAAACCACAUAAAUGUUUUGAGUGUGGAAAGAGCUUCAGCCAGAGACCACAACUUACUGUACACCAUAGAACCCACACUGGGGAGAAACCGCAUAAAUGCCUGGAAUGUGUAAAGAGCUUCAGCACAAGAGGAGCUCUUACUGUACACCAUAGAGCCCACACUGGGGAGAAACCACACACAUGCUUGGAGUGUAGAAAGAGCUUCAGCCAGAGAGCACAUCUUACUGUACACUGUAGAACCCACACUGGGGAGAAACCACAUAAAUGCCUGGAGUGUGGAAAGAGCUUCAGCACAAGAGGAGCUCUUACUGUACACCACAGAACCCACACUGGGGAGAAACCACAUAAUUGCCUGGAAUGUGGAAAGAGCUUCAGCACAAGUACAAAACUUACUAUACACCACAGAACCCACACUGGAGAAAAACCACAUAAAUGCUUGGAGUGUGGAAAGAGCUUCAGCCAGAGAGCACAUCUUAUUGAACACUGUAGAACACACACUGGCGAGAAACCACAUACAUGUUCAGAGUGUGGAAAGAGCUUUAGCACAAGUAGAAAACUUACUAUACACCACAGAACCCACACUGGGGAGAAACCACAUAAAUGCCUAGAGUGUGGAAAGAGCUUCCGCACAAGUUCACAUCUUAUUAUACACCAUAGAAGCCACACUGGAGAGAAACUACAUAAAUGCCUGGAGUGUGGAAAGAGCUUCAGCACGAGUGGAGAACUAACUGUACACCACAGAAUCCACACUGGGGAGAAACCACAUAAAUGCAUGGAGUGUGGAAAGAGCUUCAGCCAGAGAGCACAUCUUAUUGUACACCAUAGAAUCCACACUGGGGAGAAGUUACAUAAAUGCCGGGAGUGUGGAAAGUGCUUCAGAACGAACGGAGAACUUAUUGUACACCACACAACUCACACUCUGGAGAAACCACAUAAAUGUUUGGAUUGUGGAAAGUGCUUCAGAACAAGUGGAUAUCUUAUUAAACAUCACAGAACCCACACUGGUGAGAAACCACAUAAAUGCCUGGAGUGUGGAAAGAGCUUCAGCCAGAUUGGAAAUCUGCAAACACACCAUAGAACCCACACUGGGGAGAAACCACAUACAUGCUUGGUGUGUGGAAAAUGCUUCAGCCAGAGAGCACAUCUUACAGUACACCAUAGAACCCACUAGGGAUGUUCAUGAACCAGUCUGGAGGCCAUUUUAGAGGUGGUGCUUCAAAGGUGGGACUGGCUCAAAGGCUCAGCGCCGGUGGUGUUGUGGUUCUUUAAGGGCAAUGGAGGGUGCACUUACCCCUCCCUCCACUUUCCCCCUCUCUGGUGCUCCAUCUUUAGCAAAAACCCAUGGAGCAGCAGUAUUCCUCCCUGCUGCCCCUUUCCUCAUCCUUGACUGGAAAUGGCUGGAAGUAGUGCAUGCGCCCAUCACUAUGGGCGCUCAAUGUGUACAUGCUAUGGGUGCACAUGCAGGGGCUUUUCCCGGCCAAGAACAGGAGAAGGGGCGGCAGGGAGGUAUGCUGCCGCCCCGUGCAUUUUGCUAAAAAUGGAGCUCCUUUUGGGGAAAAGCGGAGGGAGGGGUAACUGCACCCUUCCCCACCCUUAAAGAACCACUGCCCCCAACAUCAAACUGCAUCUCCGUGGUUUCAUGCACACCACUAGAACCUACACUGGAGAGAAGCCACAUAAACAACAGAAGCAUGGUGGAACAGUGAGAACCAGUGAGACACUUUUAUCCCUUCAUAUAAACUCUAUAGAAAAGGCAGGGAGGGGCGCCUUGGAGGUGGAGUAGCACUGUAUGUUAAAGAAGGGAUAGAAUCUAACAAGCUAGAAAACCUAGUUGGACUGGAGUCCUCCACAGAAACCCAUACAAGGCCUGAAAGGGAACGUGCUACUGGGGAUGUGCUAUUGCCCUCCGGAUCAAAAUGCUCACAGCGACUUCGAGUUGCCGGAGGAAAUCAGGGAGGCAUCAAGGAGAGGCAGGGCUGUAAUAAUGGGUGAUUUCAAUUACACACACAUAGGCUGGGUACAUUCAGUCAGGUAAUGACAAAGAGGUCAAAUCAGAUACGCUGAAUAACUGUGCCCUAGAAGAGUUGGUCUUGGAACCAACCAGAGAGAAGGUGACCUUGGACUUAAUCCUGAGUGGCAGUGGCACCCAGGACCUGGUGUGUGAUGUCAGAAUCAUCAACCCUUUUUAGGGAAAAGUGACCAAAUUCAGCAUACAUGCGGGGAGAGAAUCGCCAAGGAAGUCUAACACAGACAUUUUGAAUUUCGGAAGAGGAAACUUCUCCAAAAUGAGGAGUAUGGUGAAAAGAAAGCUGAAAAGGAAAAUCAGGAGAGUCACUUUGCUACAGAGUGCAUGGAGUUUACUCAAAAUCACAGUACUAGAAGGCCAGUUAGAUUGUAUACCCCAAAGGAGGAAAGGUACUGCUACGUCCAGGGGGAUGCCAGCAUGGCUAACAUUCUACAACAAUGGACAAAAACAUGUAUGAAAAUGUACUUCAUUGUCAUUAAUGGAUUCUGAAUACAGAAUCUGGAUCCCCUGUGUACCAAACACAGAUCACGUGCAAUUUAGCCAUCCAGAGCAUAGGCUAGAAGUUCAAACUCUCCAGCUCACAAGGAAGCCACAAAAGGGAAGAAGACUUCCUUCCGAAAUUGGAAGGCCUGUCCAAAUGAAGAGAACAGAAAGGAACACAAACUCUGACCAAAGAAAUGCAAGGUGACAAUAAGGGAGGCAAAAAGAGAGUUUGAGGAAUAUUUAGUUAAAUAAGUCAAGGGGAAUAACAAAAACUUCUUUAAAUGCAUCAGAAGCAGGCUAUCUGCCAGGUAGGCGGGUGGACCAUUAGACAAUGACGGAGUGAAAGGGAUUAUUAAGGAGGAUAUGGAGGUUGCAGAGAAGCUAAAUGAGUUCUUUGCCUCCGUCUUCAUGGCAGAGGAUACUGAGCAUAUACCUGUUCCUGAACCAGGCUUUUCGGGGAUGGAGGCUAAAGAACUGAGUCAGAUAGAAGUCACAAGAGAUGAUGUUCUAAACUGUCUGGAAAAACUGAAAACUAGCAAAUCGCCAGGGCUGGAUGGCAUCCAUCCAAGAGUCUUUAAAGAACUCAAAUGUGAAAUUGCCAACCUCCUUGCAAAAAUGUAUAACUUAUCCCUACAAUCAGGCUCUGUACCAGAGGACUAGAAAGUAGCAAAUGCAACACGGAUUUUCAAAAAGGGGUAAUCCAGCAAAUUACAGGCCGGUUAGCUUAACAUCUGUUCUAGGCAAAUUGAAGGAAAGCAUUCUGAAGGAUAAAAUUGUAAAGCACCUAAUAGAACAUGUCCCCCAGGGACUGGUGUACUGGGACUGGUGCUUUUUAAUUUAUUCCUUAAUGAUCUAGAAGCAGGGGUAAGCAGCGAGGUGGCCAAAUUUGCAGAUGAUACCAAACUCUUUCGGGUAGUGAAAUCCAUAACUGAUUGUGAAGAGCUCCAAAAGGAUCUCUCCAAACUGGGUGAGUGGGCGACAAAGUGGCAAAUGCGGUUCAAGUGUAAAGUGAUGCACAUUGGGACGAAGAACCCCAGCUUCAAGUAUAUCAUCAUCAUCCUCAAUAUCAAUUUGAUUACGGACAUUGGCCAGCAAAAAUAGGAGUAACAAAUAUACUCAAUACAACGAUCAAUAAAACAAUGCUAAAACACAAUAAAACAGAAUACAAUCACUCAUAAUAAAUUACUUAUAAACAAUAGACAGCUCUCUCAAUUAAGCACUUAAUAGGGACCUUAACCUAAUGGCAAUGUAGAAAAAUUUAGCCACGAUUGUUGUAAUCCCGGGGCUUGAAUCCGCGAGGCAGUAAUAUGUAUAAAAGAGCUCACACCUUCCGGGAAAUUUGAGUAACAGAGGGGAAAUAAGGUCUUCUCUAGCAUCCCGAUAUGUAGAGCGAUAUAGCAAAACAUGGGUGACAGUUUCCAGGAGGCCAACGCCACAAGGGCAGAAAACCACAAGAAGAUGAUCUUUAGCAAACCUCCGUUCCAAAAGAGAAGAGGGCAACACAUUAAACCGGGCCCGAGCAAAAAAGAGAAGUGGGCAACACAUUAAACCGGGCCCGAGCAAAUGAAACCCGAGAUUUAGAAAAAUGCAGCGUUGUUAAGAAGUUAGCACCUCUAUCUCCCAAGGUGGCAAAAUCCCAAAAUGUAAAGGGGACCAAAAGGUCAAGUGGAAACUUCAAUUAUAUGCUGAUGGGAUCUGAGCUGUUGGUGACUGACCAGGAGAGGGAUCUUGGGGUCAUGGUGGAGAACUCGUUGUAAGUGUUGACUCAAUGUGUGGAGGCUGUGAAAAAAGCCAAUUCCAUGCUAGGGAUCAUUAGGAAGGGGAGUGAAAAUAAAACUGCUAAUAUUAUAAUGCCGUAAUACAAAACUAUGGUGUGGCCACACCUGGAGUACUGCGUACAAUUCUGGUCACCACAUCUAAAAAAGGAUAUUGAAGAAAUGGAAUAGGUGCAGAAGAGGGCAACCAAGAUGAUCAGGAGCCUAGAGCACCUUUCUUGUGAGGCAAGGCUACAACACCUGGGGCUUUUUAAUUUAGAAAAAAGACUGUGGGGAGACAUGAUAGAGGUCUAUAAAAUCAUGCCUGGUAUGGAGAAAGGGGACAGAGAGAAAUUCUUCUCCCUCUCACAUAACCCUAGAACUAGGGGUCAUCCCAUGAAAUAGAUUGCCAGGAAAUCUAGGGCCAACAAAUGGAAGUACUUUUUCACACAACACAUAAUACACUUGUGGAAUUCUCUGCCACAAGAUGUGGUGACAGUCAACAACCUGGAUGGCUUGAAGAGGGGUUUGGAUAACGUCAUGGAGGAGAGGUCUAUCAUCGGCUACUAGUCAGAGGACUUCAGGCCACCUCCAGCCUCAAAGGCAGGAUGCCUCUGAGUACCAGUUGUGGGGGAGUAACAGCAGGAGAGAGGGCAUACCCUCAACUCCUGCCUGUGGCGUCCAGCGGCAUCUCGUGGGCCACUGUGCGAAACAGGAUGCUGGACUAGAUGACCCUUGCAGGGCUGUUCUUAAAUGCCUGAAGUGUGGAAAGAGCUUCAACCUGAAUAAACACCAUAGAACGCACACUGGGGAGAAACCACAUGAAUGCCUGGCGUGUGGAGAGACUUCAGCACAAGUGGAGCUCUUACUGUAUCCCAUAGAACCCACAUAGAGAAAACCACAUGAAUGCUUGGAGUGUUAAUAGAACAUCGGGAGGAAGGCAAGACUUACUGCACAUGAGCAAACCCAUAGAGCUUAAAAACCAUACACCUGACACUGCAGAGAAACCUGGGAAACUACCUCACUGUGUGAAAUAUCAAACCUUGUCCAAUUUCUUUUUCUCUUUUUGACUUGCUUUGACCCUUGUUACCUUCUGAGGGAAUUGAGGCCGAGUGUUCAUACUGGUGUGUUUGGUUCUGUGUUAAGAAUAAGUGUGCAUCAUUCGGUCCAACUGAUUCAUGAAUAUUAGUGUUUCACAGCAUUCCCUUGCUUUUCCUUGCCUACGAAUCCCGUUCUGUGUUGGUUGGUGUAGACAAUACUGAGCUGGAUGGACCAGUCGUGUGACUGAGUUCCGGAGCUUCAUAUGUCCGUCUGGAGCACGUCUCCCUCAGGAGUUGAGCCCCUGCUUUCCAUGCCAGAGGUCCCAGGUUCAAUCCCUGGCAGCAUCCACAGAGAGGGCUGGGAUAGAGGUUGCCUGGAACCUUGGAGGGUUGCUGCCAGUCAGUGUAGACCAGUGUUGAACAACUUUGUCCCUCCUGCCAUUGUUGGCUACAUCUCGCAUAUUUCUAAUUGUUGGAGAUGAACUUCCAGUGCAUCGACCUUUUGCACCAACUGUCCUAAUGACCACUAGGGGCAUUGGGAGUAGAGACAGUGAGUCAGGGUCUCCCGAUCUGUCCCCACUCUAUGACCCCUCAACGGACUCUGCAGCACUUCCUGUACUGAGUCACAAUCCUUCCUUUCCUCCUAGAGAUCAGAUGUAAACAUCUUUCUCUCUCUUUCCUUACCUAUCCAUUAUGUAGUCCUUUAGAUUAGAUAUAGGUCUUUCCUAUCUAAGUGUAUUUAACCAAUAAAUAUUUAUAGUGUUUAGUCAUACAAAGAUCUCCAUGUGUUUUCUCUACAUAGCUGCAAUAUCCAAACCAUCCUCUGCUACCUACUCUGUAACUGGAGUGUGUGCU